AUGAGCACACAUUGGCAAUCGCUGAAUAAAAUAACAAAAGCAGUUGGCAAUACUCUGGCUAAGAUAUGCUUUGGUCAGCUCGAUGUACUGAGAAUUCUCAGCCAGUGCUCAAUGAAAACAUGGCUAUGGAAGGUCAAAAGAAUUUUGAGAGACAUAUAUAAAAAGGAUACUAAAUAUCAUACCGGCUCGUACCGCGCUGAGUUUUUGGGCACUUGGGAACUUAGCGAUAAAUCAGAUACUGAGUACCGAGACAGAUUAAAACUGAAAGAAAUCAUUGAAAUAGGACACUGGAAUGUAAGAACUUUAAAUUAUACGGGAGGUCUGCAUCUUGUAAUAAAGGGAUUUGAAAGAUACACAACAAAAGAUAGAGAUGGGAAGAUAAUAACAGAGUGCAAAGAAAUUCUGAAAAAAUAG